AUGUCCGAAAUUACUCUAGGCCGCUACUUGUUUGAAAGAUUAAAGCAAGUUGAUGUUACGACCAUUUUCGGUUUGCCAGGUGACUUCAAUUUACGUUUAUUGGAUGAAAUCUAUGAGGUGCCAGGUAUCAGAUGGGCUGGUAACUGUAACGAAUUGAACGCUGCUUACGCUGCUGACGGUUAUGCCAGAAUUAAGGGUAUGGCUUGUUUGAUUACAACCUUCGGUGUCGGUGAAUUGUCGGCCUUGAACGGUAUUGCCGGUUCCUACGCCGAGCACGUCGGUGUGUUGCACGUUGUUGGUGUUCCAUCCAUCUCUUCCCAAGCUAAGCAAUUAUUGUUGCACCACACCUUGGGUAACGGUGACUUCACUGUCUUCCACAGAAUGUCUGCCAACAUCUCUGAGACCACUGCUAUGAUCACUGACAUUUCAUCUGCUCCAGCUGAAAUUGACAGAUGCAUCAGAACCACAUAUAUUACUCAAAGACCUGUUUACUUGGGUUUGCCAGCCAAUUUGGUGGACCAGAACAUUCCUGCCAAGUUGUUGGACACUCCUAUUGACCUUUCUUUGAAGCCAAACGAUCCUGAGGCUGAAAAGGAAGUCGUAGACACCGUUUUGCAAUUGAUUAAGGAAGCCAAGAACCCUGUUAUUUUGGCCGACGCUUGUUGUUCCAGACAUGACGUCAAGACUGAGACCAAGAAGUUGAUUGACUUAACUCAAUUCCCAGCUUUCGUCACCCCAAUGGGUAAGGGGUCCAUUGACGAACAACACCCAAGAUUUGGUGGUGUUUACGUUGGUACCUUGUCUUCUCCAGCUGUCAAGGAUGCCGUUGAAUCUGCUGACUUGAUCUUGUCUGUUGGUGCUCUAUUGUCCGAUUUCAACACUGGUUCUUUCUCUUACUCUUACAAGACCAAGAAUGUUGUCGAAUUCCACUCUGACUACAUUAAAAUUAGAAACGCCACUUUCCCAGGUGUACAAAUGAAGUUUACUCUACAAUCUUUGUUGGAGAAGGUCGGUCCAGUAGCCAAGAGUUACAAGCCAGUGCCAGUUCCAAAGGGUCAAAGUCCAAACGCUGCCUGUGCUGCUUCUACUCCAUUGAAACAGGAAUGGAUGUGGAACCAGGUCGGAAAGUUUUUGCAAGAGGGUGAUGUUGUUAUCACAGAAACUGGUACAUCUGCCUUUGGUAUUAACCAAACACAUUUCCCAAACAACACUUACGGUAUUUCUCAAGUUUUAUGGGGUUCCAUUGGUUUCACCACUGGUGCCGCCUUAGGUGCUGCUUUUGCAGCUGAGGAAUUGGACAAAAACAAGAGAGUUAUUUUGUUCAUUGGUGACGGUUCUUUGCAAUUAACUGUUCAAGAAAUAUCAACCAUGAUCAGAUGGGGCUUGAAGCCAUACUUGUUCAUCUUGAACAACGACGGUUACACUAUUGAAAAGUUGAUUCAUGGUCCAACUGCCCAAUACAAUGAAAUUCAAAGCUGGAAGCACUUGGAUUUGUUGCCUACAUUUGGUGCCAAGGAUUAUGAAGCUAUCCGUGUCUCCACUACUGGUGAGUGGGAUAAGCUAACAACUGACAAGGAUUUCGUGAAGAACUCUAAGAUCAGAUUGAUCGAAAUCAUGUUGCCAGUCAUGGAUGCUCCAUCUAACUUGGUCAAGCAAGCUGAGUUAACUGCUGCCAUCAACGCCAAGCAAUAG